AUGCUUACACACUGCUCUGAGUGAGAAUGGAUGUCGUCGUCUUGUCUUGAUAGAAGGGAGGGUGUCCAGCUAACUACAACAACCGACAGCAGCCGAGUCCACAUACACGUGGCGCACUCUUUCCUGCCUCAUUCGUCACAUGAGCCUCAGUGAUGGGUUGGCCUCGGCUGCAAGUGCCGCGACCGUCCCCUCACACACAUCCACACAACGCACGAAGUAGGAAAGGGCAAUGACACGCAGACAGAGAGGAAGCGGAAAAAUGGCACAGGUCUCAUCCAUCCAUCCAUCCCCACGUAGCUCUCGCUACUCUCCUCGUUGAAGCCACACACCGUAUGCAGCCAACAAAUAUAUAUAAGAUGCACACACAGCUCCUCGCUAUACACAUACAGAAAGAAGAGCGAGCGAUAACAGCCUCACACAACGACAGACAAACAAGCCGUCUCAAAGAGAAAGCACCCUAGUCUACACAGCAGCAAGCCCCCCUUAUACACACUACGAUCCCGGCCGACCGAUCAGGUCAGCUGGCCUUCUUGGUCUUGCUGUCUUGAUGAGUGUGUGUGUUCAUGACGUCGACGUACUUGGGCAGGACGGCCGUGUUGGAGAGGUGGCCCCUCAUGUGCACCACGAGCCCCUUCUUGGCCACCUCGGGCGGCAGGGACUGGUCCUUGAACAUGUCUGCAGAACACACAUAGAUUGACAAACACAUCACAUGCAUGUGAUGUGUGUGUAUGCCUCAAGUGUGUGUGGCCGGCUGGCUGGCUGACUCACCGAAGACCUCCUGCAGGUGCUCCAGGUACGUGGCCAGCACCUUGGCCACCUUCUCGUCACUGGGGUUUGGGUCAGGCUCACCCACCUCCACUGGCCGCCCUAUACUGGGAGAGAGAGAGAGAGAGAGAGAGAGAGGGGAGGGACAUACGGCCAACCAACCAUACACUCGACAUGACCUCCCUGCCUUCCUCCCUUUGUGUUUCUCUCUCACCCGAGUGUGAUUGUGACUGGGUUGGGUAUCUGCGGCAGGCCCCACCUGCCCCUCAGAGGGAUGAUGGGAAAGUUCAUCUUGCGGGCGGUGUAGCGCGCCAGCCGCAUCCCCCACUCGGGCACACUGAACGCACGCGUCUCCUCAAACGAAUAUGACGGCAGCAGUGGCACGCCGUGCCUGCAGCAACACACAGACACUUUCACGGGUGUGUGGGUGUGUGGGCGUGUGGGCUCACUCGAUGGCCAGCCGUAUCCAGCCGAGCCGUUUAGGUAGGUACAGCUGCUCUUGCUUUGGGUCGGUGUGCACCUGCUCGUAGAUGCCGCCAGGCGUGAUGAACAGCGUCCUGCCUGAACACACACACACACACACACACGCAUGCCAUACUGUGUAUGUGAAUCCAACGCUCAUUCGCCGUCUUGCUGGUGACUGACCGUUCUUGAGCGCCAUGCUGAGAAUUUCCCUGUCUGCUGGCCGCGCACCCCAACACAGACAGAUCUCACGAAGCACUGAAUCACACACAACGAAAUACACACACCACAAAUGCCCAAUUGCACACGCGCAGGCCACGCCACUCACAAGGGACAUAGAACAGGCUGGAAGCCACCGCACCAACCGCCUUUGUCCUCUGCAAAUAUACAGAGAGAGAGACCAAAACAGUCAGCACACUCCCUGCCCCCCUCUCUCCCUCCCUCUCUCCCUCCCCACGAUUUUGCAUGUGGUUUCGAUCAUCCUGAGCGGCCCGACGAGGAAGGGCAGCACCGUGUAGAUCCCAUGCGGGUGCCACGACACCAGGUACUGCCGGUCCAGGUCCCAGUUCUUCUCGUCCACACACACCAUGCCGCCGAACCUCAGCCCGCCCAGUCCGAAGAACCGCAGCAGGCACCAUCGCACGCCAUAGGCGAACCAGUCGGGUCCCCAGUCGUCGAGGUACGUGAGGUGGGAGGCGGUGCGCCAGAGGUAGACCACCCAGAAGGCCAGGAAGGCGAUGAACAGGGCGAAGAUGACGGUGAGAGAUAGCAUCUCGGCUGCUGCUCACCGUGCGCACUUCAUCGCUUUCAGCGGCAAGAUUCGCC